AUGGACCAUCAAGAGAUUGGCUUCGGGAAGCUGGACUAUGUGAAACUGGACAAACUGGGAGAGGGCACCUAUGCCACAGUGUACAAGGGCCGGAGCAAACUGACCGAGAACCUGGUGGCUCUGAAGGAGAUUCGGCUGGAGCAUGAGGAGGGGGCUCCAUGUACAGCCAUACGGGAGGUGUCUCUGCUGCGGGACCUCAAACAUGCCAAUGUGGUGACUCUGCACGACAUCGUCCACACCCCCCAGUGCCUGACGCUGGUCUUCGAGUACCUGGACCGGGACCAACAGUACUUGGAUGACUGUGGCAGUGUCAUCAGCAUGCACAAUGUCAAGCUCUUCCUGUUCCAGCUCCUUCGGGGUCUGGCGUUCUGUCACCGGCACAAGGUCCUGCACCGAGACCUCAAACCCCAGAACCUGCUGCUCAGCCGGCGCGGGGACCUCAAACUGGCGGAUUUCGGUCUGGCUCGGGCCAAGUCCAUCCCAACCAAGACCUAUUCCAAUGAGGUGGUGACACUUUGGUACCGACCCCCUGAUAUCCUAUUGGGAUCCACUGAGUAUUCCACACAGAUUGACAUGUGGGGAGUCGGCUGCAUCUUCUCAGAGAUGGUCACAGGUCGUCCCCUGUUCCCUGGCUCCACAGUCCAGGAGCAGCUGAGCUUCAUCUUCCGCAUGCUGGGGACCCCCACAGAGGACACCUGGCCUGGGAUUGGGGCCAACGCUGAGUUCCGGGCCCAUAAGUAUCCCCCAUACCCCCCCGAGGGGCUCCUGCACCAUGCGCCAAGGCUGGACCAGGAUGGUGCUGACCUGCUGGGGCAGCUGCUGCAGUUCGAGGGGCGGCGCCGGCUGCCGGCGGCUGAGGCAAUGGGACAUCCGUUCUUCGCCUGCCUGGGGCCAAGGGUCACGACCCUGCCCGACACCACCUCCAUCUUCGCCCUGAAGGAGAUCCAGCUGCAGAAGGAGCCAGGGCUGCGCUCGGCCCCAUUGCCCCCCCCAGGUUCCUCUGCUUUCCGGGUGCUGGACACUGAGUUCUGACCCUGAGCAGAUCGCUGCUGCAUCGCCCUGGGACCCCCCCAAUACUUGGGGGGGGGUUGGGGGGAGUUGCCCCCCAAAGCUCCAAACUUGGGGGGGGGACACCCCAAAAUGGAUUUGGGGGGGGGGGCACCCCUAGAACUAAAGGGGGAUCCCCCAUAGUGUUACUAUGCCCCCCCCCGAAGAGCUGCUGCUGGAUAUGGGGGGGACCCAGUGGGACCCAUUGUUAUGGGGACCCCCCCCCUAUUUUUUGGGGGGGAUCCCUCGAUUUUGGGGUCCCCCCUCCC